AUGUCCAAGCCUGUGUUCGUCUUGCUCCAUGGUGCCUGGCACACACCCAAAUGCUGGGAUCGGCUAGUUAGUGAGCUCGACAAGGCAGGGUACGAAUCUGUUGCACCGGCGCUGCCGUCGUCCAAUGCCUCGCCGCUGCCAUUAGACUGGUCUGCAGAUUUGGACCUAAUCCGCACAACAGUACUUGAACUGGUGGUCGACCGCGAUGUUGUCGUGGUCACGCAUAGCUUCAGCGGUAUGACGGGCGGCACCGCUCUUGAACGUCUCGACAAGCAGUCGUGCGCUGCCAGAGGUCUUAAGGGCGGCGUUGUUAGGGUGGUUCAUAUCAAUGCCUUUCUCGUGUCCGAGGGUUUUCAACACUCCCCGCGAGGCACGCGCGAUAAUAUGAUUCCCGAGAUGAAGACGGACUUUGAGGCAGGAACCGUGACCGUCUUGCCCGAAGACAUUAAAGAAAUGUUCCAUCAGGACUUGGAUGAUGAGAUCAGCAGAGAGUAUGGUCAUGAUCUUCGGCCGCACAGUCUGGGUACCUAUUGGUGCGCUACCACGUACGCGGCUUGGCGGCACAUUCCGACCAGCUACAUUUUUUGCACCAAGGACAGACCUGGGACAGUCGCUGCUAUCCACUAUCUGAUUUCUUCGGCAAAAUCGAGUGGAAUGCACAAGAUUGACAAUGUGGUGGAAGUCGAAUCUGGUCAUUCUCCUUUCCUCAGCAGGCCUCAAUGGACCGCCGAGACUCUUAUUGCUGAGGCUAAUCGGUAG